CCUCCUCGCCCAGCGAGUCUUCCUCGUCUCUUACGCACCCCCAACCACGCGGUCCUCGGUAUUCACCCCGGCUCUUUGUUCCCACCCCCUCUUCAUCCUAGGCUGGGGAAUCUCCACUGACGUUCGGGUGACGGUACUAUGCUGCCGUCCGGGCCUUGGAGGGGGGGGUUGUUCCCGGCGCUGCACAGGUAACGCCGCCGCCGCCGCCAUAUUGACGGAGCUCGGUACUGGGAGGCAGCCCUAGGAAACGGGGUGGGGGACAGAGUCAACGCCCGAACUACAGUCGCGGUGGCGGCAGUGGUGAGCACAAGCCGAGUAGAGCUCUCCGUGAGGCAGCACAGAGUUUUCCUGUCUAUGGGGAGCAGCUGCCCGUGGCGGCGAUCCUCCGCUCACAGCCUCUGAGGGCGCCCUGCAGCUAGGGCAGCGGUCGCUGAAGGAGGGGCUGGAGGUUCUGGUGGUGGUGGCGGCGGCCGGCAAGCUCAAACGACGGGAUGCGCGGCUGCGCCAGUGGUUGGCAGCUCCUGCUCAAGUGCUCCUGAAGGGGCGAUGCUACCGUUUUCUCCUCAGGACGAGCUCUGGAAUCAAGAAAUGGAGGUUUUCGGAGGCGGCGCGAGCAGCGGCGAGGUAAAUGGUCUUCAAAUGGUUGAUGAGCCAAUGGAAGAGGGAGAAGCAGGUUCUUGCGAAGAUGAAGGUGUUGUUAAAGAAAUCCCUAUUACUCAUCAUGUUAAGGAAGGAUAUGAGAAGGCAGAUCCUGCACAGUUUGAGUUGCUCAAGGUUCUUGGUCAGGGAUCCUUUGGAAAGGUUUUUCUUGUUCGAAAGAAGACUGGUCCUGAUGCUGGGCAGCUCUAUGCAAUGAAGGUGUUAAAAAAGGCAUCUUUAAAAGUUCGAGACAGAGUUCGGACAAAGAUGGAAAGGGAUAUACUGGUGGAAGUAAAUCAUCCAUUUAUUGUCAAAUUACACUAUGCCUUUCAGACUGAAGGGAAGCUGUAUUUAAUACUGGAUUUUCUCAGGGGAGGAGAUGUCUUCACAAGAUUAUCCAAAGAGGUUCUGUUUACAGAGGAAGAUGUGAAAUUCUACCUUGCAGAACUGGCCCUUGCUUUGGAUCAUCUGCACCAAUUAGGAAUUGUAUAUAGAGACCUGAAGCCAGAAAACAUUCUGCUUGAUGAAAUAGGACAUAUCAAGUUAACAGAUUUUGGACUCAGCAAGGAAUCAGUAGAUCAAGAAAAGAAGGCUUACUCAUUUUGUGGUACAGUGGAGUAUAUGGCUCCUGAAGUAGUAAAUAGGAGAGGCCAUUCCCAGAGUGCUGAUUGGUGGUCAUAUGGUGUACUUAUGUUUGAAAUGCUUACUGGUACUCUGCCAUUUCAAGGUAAAGACAGAAAUGAGACCAUGAAUAUGAUAUUAAAAGCAAAACUUGGGAUGCCUCAGUUUCUUAGUGCUGAGGCACAAAGUCUCCUAAGGAUGUUAUUCAAAAGGAAUCCAGCAAAUAGAUUGGGUUCAGAAGGAGUUGAGGAAAUCAAAAGGCAUAUUUUUUUUGCAAAUGUUGACUGGAAUAAAUUAUAUAGAAGAGAAGUUCAACCUCCUUUCAAACCUGCUUCUGGAAAACCGGAUGAUACUUUUUGUUUUGAUCCUGAGUUUACUGCAAAAACACCUAAAGAUUCUCCUGGUUUGCCAGCUAGUGCUAAUGCUCAUCAACUCUUCAAAGGAUUCAGCUUUGUUGCAACUUCUAUUGCAGAAGAAUAUAAAAUCACUCCUGUUACAAGUGCAAACGUGUUACCAAUUGUUCAGAUAAAUGGAAAUGCUACACAAUUUGCUGAAGUAUAUGAAUUAAAAGAGGAUAUUGGUGUUGGCUCCUAUUCUGUUUGCAAGCGAUGCAUUCAUACAGCUACCAACAUGGAAUUUGCAGUGAAGAUCAUUGACAAAAGUAAGAGAGACCCCUCAGAAGAAAUUGAAAUUUUGAUGCGCUAUGGACAACACCCCAACGUUAUUACUUUAAAGGAUGUUUAUGAUGAUGGUAGAUAUGUUUACCUUGUUACGGAUUUGAUGAAAGGAGGAGAACUACUUGACCGUAUUCUCAAAAAAAAAUGUUUCUCAGAACGGGAAGCUAGUGAUGUACUGAUUGUAAUAACUAAGACAGUUGACUAUCUUCAUUGUCAAGGAGUUGUUCAUCGUGAUCUUAAACCUAGUAAUAUUUUAUAUAUGGAUGAAUCAGCCAAUGCAGACUCCAUUAGAAUUUGCGAUUUUGGGUUUGCAAAACAACUUCGAGGGGAAAAUGGACUUCUCUUGACUCCAUGCUACACUGCAAACUUUGUAGCACCUGAGGUUCUUAUGCAACAGGGCUAUGAUGCUGCUUGUGAUAUUUGGAGCCUGGGUGUCCUUUUUUACACGAUGCUGGCUGGCUACACUCCAUUUGCUAAUGGCCCCAAUGAUACUCCUGAAGAGAUACUGCUACGUAUAGGCAAUGGCAAGUUCUCAUUGAGUGGUGGAAACUGGGACAAUAUUUCAGAUGGAGCAAAGGAUUUGCUCUCCCAUAUGCUACAUAUGGACCCACAUCAGCGAUACACUACAGAACAAGUAUUAAAACACUCAUGGAUAACCCACAGAGACCAGUUGCUGAAUGAUCAGCCAAAUAGAAAUGAUACAUCACAUGUCAUUAAGGGAGCAGUGGUCACCACAUAUUCUGCCCUGACUCACAAGACCUUUCAACCAGUCCUUGAGCCUGUUGCUGCUUCAAACUUAGCUCAGCGACGCAGCAUGAAAAAACGAACAUCAACUGGCCUGUAAGAUUUCUAGUGUUCCUCAGCCAUACUGGAUGAAGAAAAAAUUAAAUGUGUGGCUUUUUGCCUAAUCUUAUAUCAAAGGCAUCGUCUUCUGCUACAUUACUUGAAUAUUCUAUUUAAACCUCCUUUUUUUAGGGAGAU